AUAUUCAAGCUCAUUUUUUAACUCAUUCUUAUAGGCUUUUUUUUUAAAAAUUUUCCACAUCUAAAAGAAGAUUGCAAAAUGGCAGAAAUGGGAAAAGUUAUUUCUUGCCACACUGUUAGCUCAUGGAACCAACAACUACUCAAAGCAAAACAAUGCAACAAGCUGGUGGUUGUGAACUUCACAGCAACAUGGUGUGGCCCAUGUCGUGCCAUGGCUCCAAUUGUUGAAGAGUUGUCGAAGAAAAUGAGUAAUGUUAUAUUCUUGAAAGUGGACAUUGACGAACUCAUGAGUAUUGCAAAGGAGCUUGGAGUUAGUUCCAUUCCUUCAUUUCAAUUCAUAAAGAAUGGGAAAGUGGUGGACAAGUUCGUUGGUGCAAAGAAAGAUUUACUCAAAAGCACUGUUGCCAAACAUGCAGCCUAAUGAAAAAGCCUUCUUUUUCUGCAAAGAAUAAUAAUAGGUUUAAUUAACAAUAAGAGUGGUACUACAAAUUAUGUACAAUUAUCCUCAAAUAAAUGUAGUUUUGUGAUAUGAACUCAGUUCAACUAUGUAAAUUUAUGUCUUGUAUGGACUUGAGGUGGCUAUGUUUAAAGCUAUGUUGUAAGAUGACUUGGUGAAAUAAAUAAUUAUACU